AUGGGAAGAUCAACACUCUGGGAUUGGAAGACAAAGACAUGGAAUCUAAUCCAGAGAUCACAACGAAGACUUGGAUCAAGACAGGAUCAAGAACGAUCGAGCAGAAGUGAAGAUACAACAAGAUUGUCCAGGUGGGACGAUCAUUGUGCGAACAUGGGAAGAGCCGACUGGACGGCGAAAUAUCAAAGUUCUCCAAAUCAAGAAGAGAAGAGUCUGGAAGACAUAAGAUACCAUUCUAAGAAGUUUGGUCGAAGCAGAAUGCAAAUGAGAGAUGGGACGGACGCCCAAGAUUUAUCCCGCAACAACUGCAAGAACCGUAAAUGUUCGGAAUGGAGGUAUUCCGCACAUUUCCAAGCAACUAUGUGGAAGCUUAGAAACAUGGAAAUGAGAGAAGGAUUAAAAUAG